AUGUUUUCCAAACGACUUACAGCCUUAACGCUCAUCUCAGCCGUAAGGGCUCACGGUACCGUCUCUGGAAUCGUCGCCAAUGGAAUUUACUAUCAAUGGACUUCACCAGCGCCAGUGACCGUCGGCUGGCUCACCCCUCAAGACCUCGACAACGGAUUUGUCGCUCCCGCUGCGUACACGACUUCCGACAUCAUCUGCCACGUAGGCGCGACACCAGCCCAAAUCGAAGCUCCAGUCACCGCUGGAGGAAAAGUUCAACUCCAAUGGACGCCAUGGCCCGUAUCUCACAAAGGACCCGUCAUCGAUUACCUCGCCAACUGCAACGGUCCUUGCGAGACUGUCGAUAAGACAACUCUGCAAUGGUUCAAGAUCGAUCAAGUCGGAUUGAUCAGUCCAACAGCAGAAUCAAGUGGAUACUGGGGCACCGAUGUAUUGAUCGCCAACAACAAUAGCUGGACUGUUACCAUACCUUCAAACAUUGCCACGGGCAAUUAUGUUCUCCGCCACGAGAUCAUCGCACUUCACGCUUCAGGCUCGCCGAACGGUGCUCAAAACUAUCCACAGUGUGUUAGUCUUGCAAUUAAGGGUACGGGAACGACUAAGCCGGCUGGUGUUUCUGCGACGAAAUUUUAUACUCCGACUGAUCCGGGCAUCUUGUUCAGUAUUUAUGGGACUCUUAAGAACUAUACCAUUCCUGGCCCUGCCCUUUACAGUGGUGCAGCCUCAGUGACACAAACGUUACCUGGUCCGCCAACCGCGAGCGCAAGUGGUGUCUAUACUGUUUCAUGA